AUGGAGUACCUGCGAGCCGAAAAUGCCUUCACCGAAGCAUUUAUGCAGCCACUGGAAGCGUUACAGGAGGCUAUCUACGCGGAGAUUCGCGGUCGCAUUAAGGAAGAUGACAACACCGUCCCUGAAAAGGAAGGCGACUAUUACUACUACGUUCGCUUCGAGGAGGGCGGCCAAUAUCCGAUCUACUGCCGGCGCCAGGGCAGCGACGACGGCCAGGAAACCGUGCUGCUGGACGUGAACCAGUUGGCGGAGGGUCGGGAUUACACCCGGGUUGGCGCGUUUCGCAACAGCCCCGACCACAAGCUGGCGGCAUACGGUGUGGACUUCGACGGCUCGGAGCAGUACACCAUCCGGUUGCUUGAUCUGGAAACCGGGCAGACCUUGCCGGAUGCGAUUCCCGGAACGUACUACAGCAUUGAAUGGGCCAACGAUAAUCGCACGUUUUACUACUCGGUGCUGGACGAGCACCAGCGGCCGGUUACCAUUUACCGGCACCUGCUGGGCACUGACCCGGCGCAGGAUGCGCUGGUGUACCACGAAGAUGACGCGCGGUUUUUUGUGGGGCUGGGCAAGCCAAAACUUACGCUGGUGGAACCCCGGGCGGUGGAUUUCGAGUACGACCUGGCCGACCACGGCGACCGGUUCUUUAUCAGACACAACGGCGACGACGCCCGAGAUUUUCAGCUGGCGACAGCGCCAAUAUCCAAUCCCGGGCGUGGCAACUGGACGGAGUUUAUGGCCCAUGAGCCGGGCCGGCCCCUGCUGGAUCUGGACGCCUACCGGGAUCAUCUGGUGGUGGCGUGCCGUCAGGAUGGCCUGCCGCAGGUGAUGAUAAUGCGGCUGAGCGACAACGAUGUGCAUUACAUCUCGGGGAUUGAAGAGGAAGAUUUUGCCAUGUCGCCUCGUGGCGGCCGGGAGUUCGAUACCACGUCGCUGCGCUUUUCCUACACGUCAAUGAAAACGCCGGCGGCAGUGUACGACUACGAUAUGGACGCGCGGGAACGGGUUUUGCGGAAGCAGCAGGAGAUUCCCUCCGGCUACGACGCCGACCGAUACGACACCCGUAGAAUUUGGGCCACUGCCCGGGACGGUACGUCGGUUCCCAUCAGCCUGCUGAUGCUGAAGGGCACACCCGUGGACGGCUCCGCGCCGCUGUAUCUGUACGGCUACGGGAGUUACGGCCUGACCAUGGAGGCCAGCUUCGGCAUCACUGCCCUUAGUCUGGUCGACCGUGGUUUUGUGUUCGCCAUCGCCCACAUACGCGGUGGGAUGGAGAUGGGGUGGGACUGGUACGAGAACGGGAAGUUGCUGAAAAAGCGAAAUACCUUCCACGACUUUAUUGACUGCGCCGAGCAUCUGGUUGCCCAGGGAUAUACGUCGGCGGGCCGUAUCGCGGCGGCGGGCGGCAGCGCCGGCGGGAUGCUGAUGGGCGCGGUGGUGAACGAAAGGCCGGACCUGUUCGGUUGCGUGGUGGCCCAUGUGCCGUUCGUCGAUGUUCUGAACACCAUGCUGGAUGAUUCGCUGCCGCUGACCACCAUGGAGUACAACGAAUGGGGCAACCCCAACGAUGCCGAAUACUACCGCUACAUACGGACUUACUCCCCGUAUGACAACGUGCGGCGGCAAGCGUACCCAGCCAUGCUGGUUACCGGCGGCAUCAGCGACCCGCGCGUAACCUACUGGGAGCCGGCCAAAUGGGUCGCCAAGCUGCGGGAUAUGCGCACCGACGAAAACCCGCUGCUGCUGAAAAUUCACAUGGAUUCCGGCCACGCUGGAGCGUCGGGCCGGUUCGAGCGCAUCAAGGAAGUAGCCGAAGAGUAUGCGUUCAUCCUCAACGCGUUGGGUUUGGCGACGUAG